CGCGCCCCAUCCUCCCACCGCCCUGCCAAGAGGGAGGCAAAGGGAUUUUUUUUUCUUCGGCGCUUCUUCGCCUGCCCUGUUUAUCCUGCCAAGGAUCCGGAGACAGCCGGCCGGGUCGGAGCCCGCAGCUGCCCGGGGCCGCGCGCACGAGCCGGGGCCGGGCCGGGCGGCGCGGCGCGGACAUGGACGAGCAGCCCAGGCUGAUGCACGCCCACGCGGGGGUCGGCAUGGCCGGGCACCCCGGCCUGUCCCAGCACUUGCAGGACGGCGCCGCGGGCGCCGAGGGGGAGGGCGGCAGGAAGCAGGACAUCGGGGACAUCCUCCAGCAGAUCAUGACCAUCACGGACCAGAGUUUGGACGAGGCGCAGGCCAGAAAACACGCUUUGAACUGCCACAGGAUGAAGCCGGCCUUGUUCAAUGUGCUGUGUGAGAUCAAAGAGAAAACAGUGCUGAGCAUCCGGGGCGCCCAGGAAGAGGAGCCCACGGACCCCCAGCUGAUGCGACUGGACAACAUGCUGCUCGCCGAGGGGGUGGCGGGCCCCGAGAAGGGCGGGGGCUCGGCGGCGGCGGCUGCAGCCGCGGCGGCGUCCGGGGGGGCCGGCUCCGACAACUCGGUGGAGCACUCCGACUACAGAGCCAAGCUGUCGCAGAUCAGGCAGAUCUACCACACGGAGCUGGAGAAGUACGAGCAGGCCUGCAACGAGUUCACCACCCACGUGAUGAACCUGCUGCGCGAGCAGAGCCGGACACGGCCCAUCUCCCCGAAGGAGAUCGAGCGCAUGGUGAGCAUCAUCCACCGCAAGUUCAGCUCCAUCCAGAUGCAGCUGAAGCAGAGCACCUGCGAGGCCGUCAUGAUCCUGCGCUCCCGGUUCCUGGACGCGCGGCGGAAGAGGCGGAACUUCAACAAGCAGGCGACCGAGAUCCUGAACGAGUACUUCUACUCGCAUCUCAGCAACCCCUACCCCAGCGAGGAAGCCAAAGAGGAGCUGGCCAAGAAGUGCGGCAUCACCGUGUCCCAGGUGUCCAACUGGUUCGGGAACAAGCGGAUCCGGUACAAGAAGAACAUAGGCAAGUUCCAGGAGGAAGCCAACAUCUACGCCGCCAAAACGGCCGUCACGGCCACCAACGUGUCCGCCCACGGGAGCCAAGCCAACUCGCCCUCCACGCCCAACUCCGCCGGUUCUUCCAGCUCUUUUAACAUGUCCACCUCGGGAGACUUGUUCAUGAGCGUGCAGUCACUCAAUGGGGACUCUUACCAAGGGGCCCAGGUCGGAGCCAACGUGCAGUCGCAGGUGGAUACCCUUCGCCAUGUUAUCAGCCAGACAGGAGGAUACAGUGACGGACUCGCGGCCAGUCAGAUGUACAGUCCGCAGGGCAUCAGUGCCAACGGAGGCUGGCAGGACGCGACCACCCCCUCCUCAGUGACGUCCCCCACAGAAGGCCCCGGCAGCGUCCACUCCGACACCUCCAACUGACCUCCCCGCCCGCGCGCCCCGGCCCGGCCCGCGCCCGCUGGCGGGGCCGAGGGGGGCGCCUCCCCCGCCGGAGCGGCCAGCCUGGAGGGGGGAGCAGCCAGCAGACACGCGCGUCUCCGCCCCCCUCCCCGGGGGACGCUGCUUCAGCCACUCUGGACACCUCUUUGUACUCCGUCCCCUCUUUUCUGGGUAGAAGCCGCCCUCCCCGCCCCCCGCCGCCCGGCCCUCGCCCCGCCCUCGGCCCCCGGGUCCCGCCCCGACGCGUCACUGAAGGGUAUUUUCAGCAACUGGAGGAGUUUCAGGAGGAAACACGCAGAGGAAACAAUAAAGGUGUUGGUGCGUUCUCACGCUGCUGGUCUGAGGGGCCACGUUCGCCUCACCGAGCCCUCGCCCAGGCAGCCCUCGUCUCGCCGCGGUCACUGCCUCUCACCGGAACUCGCCAGGCCACCCGUCCUCGGCCUCCCCGCCCCCAGCUCCGCCCUCCUCCCAGCCCCGUGUGCCCUGGGCACUGCCACAGCCACCGCCCGGGCGCGGCUGCACCGGGCUGAUUCCAGGCAAGAGGUCAGCGGCAGGAGAAGGGCCGCGUCCCGUCUUCCCGACGACCCGGAGCAGCCGGGCCCAGAGGCGCAGCCGGCGGAGGCCAGAACCCACUGCAGAGCCCGGUGCGGGCGCGGCGCGGCGCGGCGAGGACGGUAUGGAGCGGAGGAGAGGGUGGCGCCCUGAAGCCCGGACGCCGCCCCGCACACACGCGCACACGCCUGCAGGCACACACACGCCUCUCACGAGCACCGCCUGAG